AUGCCAGCCCCCAAAAAUGCAGACAAUGUCAAACCAACUGGACAAAAUGAGACAAGCAUCAAUCUGCAGUGGGCUAAAAUAGACGACACUGUUAGCUUUGUUCUUCAGUUUAAUGACAGACAGGAAAUAAUUGCUCCACCAAAAGGAAAUGGACCAAUAUCUUACACUGUGACCAAUCUGGAUCCUCAAACCAAAUACACAUUUAGCCUCUUCUCUGUGUUUGAGAACGACAGAAGCACUGGAGUCAUCUUUUCUGCAGUAACUGCUCCCGAAAAUGCACAAAAUGUCACCUCAACCGGAAAAAAUGAGACAAGCAUCAAUCUGCAGUGGGCUAAAGUAGACAACAAUGUUGGCUUUGUUCUUCAGUUUAAUGACAGACAGGAAAUAAUUAAUCCACCAACAGGAAAUGGACCAAUAUCUUACACUGUGACCACACUGUAUCCUCAAACCAAAUACACAUUUCGCCUCUUCUCUGUGUUUGAGAACAUCAGAAGCACUGGAGUCAUCUUUUCUGCAGUAACUGCUCCUGAAAAUGCAAAAAAUAUAACAUCAAUCGGACUAUAUGGAACAACCAUCUAUCUGCAGUGGACUAAAAUAGAUAUCGAUGUUGGCUUUGUUCUUCAGUUUAAUGACAGGCAGGAAAUAUUUGCUUCACCCAAAGGAAAUGGACCAAUAUCUUACACUGUGACCAAUUUGGAUCCUCAAACCAAAUACACAUUUAGCCUCUUCUCUGUGUUUGAGAACAUCACAAGCAGUGGAGUCAUCUUUAUAGCUGAAACUGAUUUGGAUAACAGCAGAACUGGUGUGAUCCUCUACAACCAAUACACUAAUGGCAGUGUCCUCCAACAAGCUACACAGGACAUUAACAGCUACUUCCCAAACCUGAACUUUAAUGCUGACUGGGUCUUUGUAGCAACAUGGUAUAAAGUGGCCUACUUUUCAAAUGCAGGGACAGAAACAACUUUCCAAGCUGUGUUGAUCUCUGGAGGCCAGAAAUCCUUUGUGCUCAUGAACUACGGUGUGAUUGCAUCAACAUUCCAGAAUGUGCAGAAUUUCCAGGCUGGCUAUGACACCAUCAACUCUGUUCACCAUUUUACCAUUCCUGGGUCUUUCUCAAGUUCUGCAACAGGCAGCAACUCAAUUUUUAGGUUCAACAGCAACGUCAAUGUAACUGGUCGCUGGGGCUUCGAAACAUACAGUAGACCAGAAAAUCAAGUGAUUAAAGCUCCCGAAAACGCAAAAAAUUUCACCUCAACCGGACAAAAUGAGACGAGCAUCAAUCUGCAGUGGGCUAAAGUAGACAACAAUGUUAGCUUUGUUCUUCAGUUUAAUGACAGACAGGAAACAAUUGCUCCACCAAAAGGAAAUGGACCAAUAUCUUACACUGUGACCAAGCUGGAUCCUCAAACCAAAUACACAUUUAGCCUCUUCUCUGUGUUUGAGAACGUCACAAGCACUGGAGUCAUCUUUUCUGCAGUAACUGCUCCUGAAAAUGCAAAAAAUAUCAUAACAACUGGACUAUAUGGAACAGCCAUCUAUCUUCAGUGGACUAAAAUAGUUAACGAUGUUAGCUUUGUUCUUGAGUUUAAUGACAGACAGGAAAAGAUUUCCUCACCAAAAGGAAAUGGACCAAUAUCUUACACUGUGACCAACCUGAAUCCUCAAACCAAAUACACAUUUAGCCUCUUCUCUGUGUUUGAGAACGUCACAAGCACUGGAGUCCUCUUUUCUGAAAUAACUGCCUAUUUUUAUCCAAUCUCUGGAACUGAAAGCUCUCGAUCCCUUAAUGGAAGUUCACCAGAGAUUCCCCUGCAAAGACCUUUUGUCUACUUUGGAAAGGAAUACAACACCAUUUAUGUCAACCACAAUGGACACUUGACUUUUAUUAAUCCAUUUCCCUCAUAUGUACCUCAAAGAUUCCCACUCAAUGGAUCCUUUGACCUAAUUGCCCCGUUUUGGACAGAUUUGGAUAACAGGCAAACUGGUGUGAUCCUCUACAACCAAUACACUGAUGGCAGUGUCCUCCAACAAGCUACACAGGACAUUAAGAGCUACUUCCCAAACCUAAACUUCAAUGCUGACUGGGUCUUUGUAGCAACAUGGUAUAAGGUGGCCUACUAUUCAACUACAGGAACAGAAACAACUUUCCAAGCUGUGUUGAUCUCUGGCGGCCAGAAAUCCUUUCUGCUCAUGAACUACGGGAUGAUUGCAUCAACAUCCAUGAAUGUGCAGGCUGGCUAUGACACCAUCAACUCUGUUCACCAUUUUACAAUUCCUGGAUCUUUCUCAAGUUCUGCAACAGGCAGCAACUCUACUUUUAGUCUCAGCAGCAACGUCAAUGUAGCUGGUCGCUGGGCCUUUGAGACAAACAGUAGACCAGAAACCCAAGAAAUUAACGCUCCUGAAAAUGCACAAAAUGUCACCUCAACCGGACAAAAUGAGACAAGCAUCAAUCUGCAGUGGGCUAAAGUAGACAACAAUGUUAGCUUUGUUCUUCAGUUUAAUGCCACACAAGAAAUAAUUGCUUCGCCAACUGGAAAUGGACCAAUAUCUUACACUGUGACCAACUUGAAUCCUCAGACAAAAUACACAUUUAGGCUACUCUCUGUGUUUGAGAACGUCACAAGCACUGGAGUCAUCUUUUCUGCAGUAACUGCUCCCGAAAAUGCACAAAAUGUCACCUCAACUGGACAAAAUGAGACGAGCAUCAAUCUGCAGUGGGCUAAAGUACACAACAAUGUUAGCUUUGUUCUUCAGUUUAAUGACAGACAGGAAAUAAUUGCUCCACCAAAAGGAAAUGGACCAAUAUCUUACACUGUGACCAAGCUGGAUCCUCAAACCAAAUACACAUUUAGCCUCUUCUCUGUGUUUGAGACCGUCACAAGCACUGGAGUCAUCUUUUCUGCAGUAACUGCUCCCGAAAAUGCACAAAAUGUCACCUCAACCGGACAAAAUGAGACAAGCAUCAAUCUGCAGUGGGCUAAAGUAGACAACAAUGUUAGCUUUGUUCUUCAGUUUAAUGACAGACAGGAAAUAAUAGCCCCACCAAUAGGAAAUGGACCAAUAUCUUGCACUGUGACCAAGCUGGAUCCUCAAACCAAAUACACAUUUAGCCUCUUCUCUGUGUUUGAGAAUGUCACAAGCACUGGAGUCCUCUUUCCUGCAGUUACUGCUCCUGAAAAUGCACAAAAUGUCACCUCAACCGGACAAAAUGAGACAAGCAUCAAUCUGCAGUGGGCUAAAGUAGACAACAAUGUUAGCUUUGUUCUUCAGUUUAAUGACAGACAGGAAAUAAUUGCUCCACCAAAAGGAAAUGGACCAAUAUCUUACACUGUGACCAAGCUGGAUCCUCAAACCAAAUACACAUUUAGCCUCUUCUCUGUGUUUGAGAACGUCACAAGCACUGGAGUCAUCGUUUCUGCAGUAACUGCUCCCGAAAACGCAAAAAAUGUCACCUCAACCGCACAAAAUGAGACAAGCAUCAAUCUGCAGUGGGCUAAAGUAGACAACAAUGUUAGCUUUGUUCUUCAGUUUAAUGACAGACAGGAAACAAUUGCUCCACCAAAAGGAAAUGGACCAAUAUCUUACACUGUGACCAAGCUGGAUCCUCAAACCAAAUACACAUUUAGCCUCUUCUCUGUGUUUGAGAACGUCACAAGCACUGGAGUCAUCUUUUCUGCAGUAACUGCUCCUGAAAAUGCAAAAAAUUUUACCUCAACCGGACAAAAUGAGACAAGCAUCAAUCUGCUGUGGGAUAAAGUAGACAACAAUGUUAGCUUUGUUCUUCAGUUUAAUGACAGGCAAGAAAUAAUUGCCCCACCAAAAGGAAAUGAACCAAUAUCUUACACUGUGACCAACCUGAAACCUCAAACGAAUUACACAUUUAGCCUCUUCUCUGUGUUUGAGAAUGUCACAAGCACUGGAGUCAUCCUCCCGAAAAUGCACAAAAUGUCACCUCAACCGGAAAAAAUGAAACAAGCAUCAAUCUGCAGUGGGCUAAAGUAGACAACAAUGUUAGCUUUGUUCUUCAGUUUAAUAACAGACAGGAAAUAAUUGCUCCACCACAAAGAAAUGGACCAAUAUCUUACACUGUGACCAAGCUGGAUCCUCAAACCAAAUACACAUUUAGCCUCUUCUCUGUGUUUGAGAACGUCACAAGCACUGGAGUCAUCUUUUCUGCUGUAACUGGUAAGAUAAUACCCUAAUGUUAUUAGAGAUCAAAUGUUAAAGAUAAUGGAAGCAAUUGACAUCAAUUCAAAGCAAACACAGAUCUCAACAGUAACAUUGUCCCCUGACUGGUGUUUUUUCCUCAGCUCCUGAAAAUGCACAAAAUGUCACCUCAA